AUGGAGUAUGGGUUUAGCAGGAAGCUCUACCCUUCUCAAAUAAAAUUAAUACAAGACGUUAUCAACACAAUCAAUCAAAAGAAGAUGGCAAUUGUAAGUAGCCCCACCGGAACCGGAAAGACACUUUCUCUUCUGUGCGCCUUGACCAAUUUUGUGAAAAAAUCUACCCAGGAAGAGGAUCUUUUUGAAUUGCUCAGUCGUACCAAUAGAACAAAGAUUUACUACUGCUCAAGAACACACUCCCAGCUAUCGCAGGUCAUCAGUGAGCUAAGGUCCUGUAAAUAUCGGUACAAGAGCAUUAUUUUGGGAUCUAGAAAAGUAUACUGUGUCAACAACGAAGUUAAUAAAAUUACGAACAUUGAUCUGCUAAAUGACAGAUGCAAGGAGAUGAUUAGGGACGACAGUUGUAAGUAUCAUGGAAAGGAGUACUAUACACAUGAAACUCUGGAUAUUGAAGAACUGAAAGCCUGUGGAAUUAAAGAGCGCUUCUGCCCAUACUACCACGCCAAAAAUAGAUCUGCAGACUGUGAGAUUGUGCUGCUUCCUUACAAUCUGUUAUUUACAGCUGAGGGACGUAAAAGCCUUGACAUUUCAUUAAAAGAUAAAAUUGUUGUUGUUGACGAGGCUCAUAAUAUUUACGAUACUGUGAUCCAGUUAAACAGUGCAGAGCUCAGCUGGGACUCGAUAAAGCUUAUUUUCAAUGCAAAAGGAUUAAGCGAGGAUCUGAAGUUUAUUACUUCAAGUAUACUUUCAUUCAGAUCACGAGUAUUCCAAAAUAAUCAAAAAAGGACUCAAAAUACAUUGGAUGGAGAAAACGGUGUUGGCAAUGAGAGUGUGUAUUCUGUAGUCAAUUUCCUCAUUGAGUGCAAAAUAGCCAAGUUCAACAUGCUUGAGAUAGCUGAUUUCAUAGAAACGAACAAGCUGGCCCAGAAAAAUGACAUGAAAAGCAUUUUUGAGUUUGCAAAGUUUCUAAAGCUCCUCACAUUCAGUGACAGCUCGGGGCGAAUAUUUGCUAAUAACAGCAAGAUAAAGUUCUCAUGCAUAAGUCCAAAGAUGUAUUUUGAAGAGCUUAGUGAGUGCGCAUCUGUCAUAUUUGCAGGUGGAACCAUGGAACCAAUCGCAAGUUUGAAGGCGAUAUUUCCUGAAAUGCUCUAUUUUACAUAUCCUGCUGUAAAUGAAAAUUUCGAGUCCGUGAUAAUAACGGAAACUGUAACCGGCAAACAAAUCAAUUUGAGUUUUAGCUAUAGAAAUGAGCAGAUAGAUGAUGUUCUGAAUACAUUGAUUGCGCUAUCUAAUCCUGUGGUUACAGGCGGAGUAGUAAUCUUUGUACCGUCCAAGCAGUUCAUGGAAUUGCUUAAAAAAUCACAAAAGAUUGGUAAUUUCAGGAGAAAAGUAUAUUUUGGGGACGAUGUCUUGUUUGAAGAUUUCAAAAGUAAGCCAGAGAUUUUAAUUGCAAUCAUGGGCGGGUCUCUUAGUGAGGGCAUUAACUUUUCAGACGAAGUCUGCAGACUUUUAGUUGUUGUUGGGGUUCCGUAUCCCACAAGAUCGGUGGAGAUAAUGGAACGAGCAAAGUCCGUUAAAGAUUACGAAACACUAGUUGCAAUGAAAACUGUCAAUCAAACCGUUGGUAGAGCCAUCAGACAUAAGGACGACUAUGCUGCCAUUGUUCUGCUAGACUGCAGAUAUUUGGCUCUAAAAGAAAGGCUCAGUCCUUGGCUGCACGCAAAAACUAAAAUAUGUAAAUUUUCCGAAGGUCUUUUGAGAAUCAACAGUUUCCUGAAAAGCUCCCUUGAUAAAUAA